AUGACGACAUUAACAUCAGCGCUGGACAGAGUUGGUCAUUGCGAGCUUCCUGACAACAAGACCGCCAACGAAAUCGCUAGUGCCAUGGCUGAGGCGGUGAGGCUCUAUAAUGAGAGAUACCACAGAAGUUGUCAUAACAUUUGCAUUGUCGUUGCUGAUGACAACAGUAACAGCAGUUGCUUGAUAGAGGCAGCGCUGUUGAUGAAUCAUGCUACAGCUUGUCACAAGAGGACUAUGAAGGAGCUCAUCAGAGACGUAGAGAUCGAUGGGGAUUUCUCGGUUGUGCGACUGGCCGGUCGACUUGAGCCCAGUAGGUCAGUGGAGGUUGCCCUGGUUUACUAUGAGGCACUAGAAUACGACGCUGAUGAUGAAGCCGCCUGGAACCUUCGUGGUAGGCUGGAGGAGAGCAUGGCUGUACAGUGCCCGUCUGUCGUACUGCAGUUGCUGGGGAAGUCAGAGUUGCAGCAACAGUGGCGCAGUGACGCGAGUCUUAUAUCCUCUCUCAAGUGUGUCGACUAUGCUCCUGAUGACUUGUCGAGGUUUCUAGCGGUCGAUGCCAGCAUCAAGGAGGAGUGCGUUGUGAGUAAGGUCAUUGAGGCUACUCAGUCAAAUCUGAGUAUUUAUUCUUGCUUGGUCAUGAACGGACCUGAGGUGGCUUUGGAGAGGAUAGCUGGGCAUGUAUUGGAGACUCGAGGUGAAGAGAGCUCGGAGGUCAUAAUUGAUACGGCUCUGCUGACACCCCAUGAUGUGAUUGAGGACAGUAGUGAGACUGAGUGA